GACCGACACCAGAUGCACGAUCACUGAUAAAGAAAUGGUUGCGCAGUUGGCUUACGUGCGUGUCAUUUCUCAGGAGAAGCAGCUGAAAAGAAGUUUGCACUUGACGGACGCGCAGAAGAGAGGCAGUCCCGAGCAUCGCAAUGUUCCUGCACCUUCUGCCUUGCGUGAUCAUGAGUCUCAUCAUCCCAGCGGCUUCCACGCCGCCGCCCACCGAGCCGCCCCUGAUUUCCAAACACCCCUUCGUCGCCGUGUGGAACGCACGCACUGAGCAGUGCCGGGAUCUGGACAUCCCACUGGACACGGCGGCCUUUCAGGCGGUGACCACGCCGGCCUCAGUUCCAGGCCAGUUCCUGACUAUCUUCUAUGAGGACCGGCUGGGCCUCUACCCCAAGAUCGACCCCGCCAGCCGGACGCGGCAUGAGGGUGGCGUCCCUCAAAAUGGCAACCUGACAGCACACCUGCUCAAGGCCAGGCUUCAAAUUGACCACUACAUAGCUGAGGACGAAUCCCCCGGCCUGGCCGUCAUAGACUGGGAGUCCUGGCGCCCCCUGUGGGCCCAGAACUGGGGGUACAAGCGGAUCUACCAAAAGCUGUCCAUGGCCAACGCCUUGCAAACCUCCCCGUUCCUGUCCCUGAACGAGAUCUCCCAGCUGGCUGUGGAUCAGUUCCAGAGGGCUGGGCGGAGCUUCAUGGAGAGAACCAUUCAGCUCGGAGUUAGGGAGCGUCCGAGCCGCCGUUGGGGGUUCUACUUAUUCCCCUACUGCUACAACUACAACUGGGACAGGCCAGGCUACACGGGCCAGUGCUCGGCCAAGGCCCGCGAGCAGAAUCGGGAGCUGACGUGGCUCUGGGAGCACAGUACCGCCCUCUUCCCAUCCGUCUACCUCCACCCCGCCCUGAGGAACUCCCCCAGGGCGGCGCUCUAUGCGCGGUACCGCGUCCGCGAGGCCCUGAGGGUGGCUGCGCUGUCCAAACGGCAGUACGCCAUGCCCAUCUACGUCUACUCCAGACCCCUGUAUCGAGGGCAGAACAGGAUUUUUGAGACCACGGCGGAUCUGGUGAGCACAGUGGGCGAGUCGGCUGCCCUGGGGGCUGCCGGCGUAGUCAUGUGGGGUGGGAGCGGAGACUACAAGGACAAGGCCUCCUGCCAGUCGCUGUCCGACUACCUGACAUCCACGCUCAACCCGUACCUCGCCAACGUGACGGCGGCGGCCAUGUUGUGCAGCCGGGCCUUAUGCCAGGGGCGCGGCCGCUGCGUCCGACAGAGCUACAACUCGUCCGUCUACCUUCACCUGGACGCCGCCCGCUUCAGCAUCCUGCGAGCCGAUGGCAAGUACGUGGCCGUGGGCAUCCCGUCCACCGAAAACUUGAACGCCUGGACCGACAACUUCACGUGUCAGUGCUACGCCGGGCGAGAGUGCGAGCCGCGACUCGCGCCGCCCGCUGGCAUCCAGGUCAUCAGCGUUUGAGGCAACCCAGGGGCGCCCCCUCCCUGGCAGCCGGAGGAAUUCAACAGGAACGUACAGUGUGGUCACCUUGAUUACGAGUAGCCCAGACUUUAAAACAUUUUUUUUUUGCUUAGACGUGAUGUCAUUCAUGAAGCCACGCCUCUUAAGGCACAGAUUUAACAUCGAGAUACUAAGUGAAUUGAAGAGCUUCAUUUCGAUCCAUCUCAGGGCAUUUUGAUAUUCGCGAUUGGCAGCUUCACUCCUAUGACAAGUCAUGAAAGCAAUUCUUACCUGAUGUUCAAAUCCGUGUUCCUUUUCAACACGUAAAUAGUCUUUCCAUUUUCCGUCGUGGCUUUGCUUUGACCUCAGUCGAUAUUUCAGCUUCAAUAAAAAUCUUGCAAACGGCAA